AGUGAGUGAGUUAGUGAAGUGUAUAGAAUUUGCUGCCAUCUCAACUGGUCAUGGCCUUCAAGGAAAUAAAAGAGGAAGACUUUGCUGAUUUCCUCCAAGAGUAUAUACAACAAACGAGAGAGGACAAAUCAAACAGUCCACCACCCUGCAAAGAAGAGACAUGCUUCACGGAGGGAAUGAAAGUGGAAGAAGAGACUCUCUUAAUGGAACACAGUGAUCAUGGUCCGACUUCCAGCAGCAAGGCAUCACAAACAUUACAACUGACCACGUCUGAGGCGGAGAUUGAUGAAGACUUUCAAGAUUAUUACCAAGAAAGCAUGCAUAACAUGCAGGAAAAGAAUGACAACAAAGACACAAACCAAACAGUUCCUCUGCAAGGAUGCAGAUAUGGCAGCAAAACAGCUUCCAGUCCAAAGAUGGAACUCAAAAUCAUUCUGAAUGCAAUCAGCGGGUUGUCUAACAUGAUGACAAACACCAUGAGGGUAUACAUGGAGAGGAUUGACCAGAGAUUCAAUGUAUUGGAGGCCAGAUUGGAUGCUGUUGAGAAAGGCUUGGAGGGCCUGCAGUCUAAUGUCUUGCAGUCUAAAUCGACAGAAGCUGAGGAGCCCACCCUAAAGAGAAGACGUGCACAGAAUCCAAAAAUUGCGGAAGCAGUUCGCCGCCUGCACAACUCGGAGAACAACCCUUGUCGUUACAAUCCAGAACAAGGACUGCUAUCUCCUCACAAUGUGGAGACGACAAAUCACUUGAGGGAGGCCAUAUCUAACAGUCCGGACUUCAGUGAUGUAGAUGGCAACACUGUUGAGGCGGCAUGCAAGACAUAUUUUGAGAAUGUGCGGAGGAGCUACCGUUACAGCAAGCCUGAAUUUUCAUCGAAGGCAGAGGCGGCAAGGCAGUCAUCUAAAAGCCGCUCCAGGAGGAAGAGGCUUCUUGAAGCGAGGCGUACCGUCCUACGGGAUGGUGAGGGUGAAAUCUUCAAGAGCGCUACCGUCGACCUGAUGUCCGAUGAGGAGGAUGGCGUCGUCAAUGGUGUGGCUGGGUGGAUUGUUCGACCACCGCCUUCACGCAGCCAAGAGCUGAGUGAGCUGUGUGCUGUAUUGCAGGCGCGGUUGGAGGCGAAUCCGAAGUAUCACCACAGAAGAUUGAAAUAAAGUAAACCUUAGCCUUGUUGUGGUCCAUGCGGCUUUGAUCAUUCAUAGAUUUGUUCCGUCAAUAUACAGUGCAUGGUGAUGUAUUGACAAUUCAUUGGUCGUUUCUAUAGCUCUUGGAAGUGAGACAGAGCGCCUGCUGUAGGAUGACGAGGGCACAGUCAUUAGAGUGCUGCCAAAGAUCCUGCGGGCAUGAUUGGAGGCUUAUCUGAAGAACACAAGUCAUUGUGUGCGUUCCAAUAUGCGACCUUGUGUCCUCCACUUGUGCUUGGGGCCUCGUACCAGGAAGUAAUAUGUCAUGAUGACAUUACUGACAACAGCAUUGUAUUUCAGU